CAAAACAUCGCCUUCUGCUAAACAUUUAAUCCCAGGAGAUCAGAAAGAGAGAGAGCAAGCUUUGUCACGGUGGAAACUAUGGAAGGUCCCCAGGGCAAAACCCUAAAGCGCCUCCUCCUCGCACUCAACUGCGCCAUGCUCUCCCUCGGCACAUGCGGUGGCCCGCUCCUCAUGCGCCUCUACUUCAUCCGGGGUGGCGCCCGCGUGUGGCUCUCCAGCUGGCUCGAGACGGGUGGCUGGCCGAUCAUCUUCCUCCCCCUUGCGGUAGCCUACUUCCGCCGCCGCUCCGCCGAGGGCCCCUCCGCCCGCCUCAUCCUAAUGGACCCCAUCCUCUUCGCCGCCUCGGCCAUCAUCGGGGUUCUCACGGGCCUCGACGACUACCUCUACGCGUACGGCGUAGCGCAGCUCCCCGUCUCGACGUCGGCCCUGCUCAUUGCCACGCAGCUGGCCUUCACAGCUGGGUUCGCAUUCUUGCUGGUGAGGCAGCGGUUCACGUCGUACUCGAUCAACUCGAUAUUCCUGCUGACUAUGGGGGCAGGGGUGCUGGCGAUGCACACGAGCAGCGACCGGCAGGCGGGGGAGUCGGACAGGGCGUACUACGCGGGAUUCUUCAUGACGCUCGGGGCAGCGGUGCUGUACGGGUUCGUACUUCCGCUGGUGGAGCUGACGUACAAGAAGGCCAAGCAGGUGGUCACUUACUCGCUGGUCUUGGAGAUUCAGCUGGUGAUGUGCUUCUUCGCCACCGCUUUCUGCACCGUCGGCAUGCUGGUCAACAAGGACUUCCAGGUGAUUCCUAGAGAAGCAAGGGACUAUGAGCUCGGAGAAGCCCAAUACUACAUGGUGCUCGUGUGGAACGCGAUCAUCUGGCAGUUCUUUUUCUUGGGAGCCAUAGGAAUCAUCUUCUGUGCCUCCUCUCUAUUCUCAGGUAUCAUGAUCGCCGUGCUUCUCCCAGUCACUGAGAUCCUAGCCGUCAUAUGCUUCCAGGAGAAGUUCCAGGUGGAGAAAGGCAUGUCCCUCGCCCUCUCGCUCUGGGGCUUCGUUUCGUAUUUUUAUGGCGAAUUCAAACUUGCCAAGAAGGAAAACGAGAGAGCAGCAGCAGCAGCAGCAGAUUGGACCUCCAGAGACCAAAAUGCAUAAAAAAAAGAGGCCUUCUCCGAAGGCAAAAAAUGAAAGACAUGGUUCAUACUUAGCCUGCUGUUGUGGUCUGUACUUUUUUGCCAUCCUAGACAGUUCGAUUUGUAAUAACGUGAGGGAACAGAAUAAAAAAUCCAUUCUAGAAAAAGAACGAGUUAAAGAAAACAAAACAGAACUGUAAAUCGUUAUUGCGGAUCUGUGUUGCUUCUUAUAUACAUGCUAUAAUGUAAAGUUGUCUGUUUGAUUGUCUAA